CAUAUCCUUUCCACGCAGUCGGGUAACCAAGCAACUGAAAAGCGGACUCAGUUUCGGAGAACACAGUCUCUCAGCAGGAGAUGGAUUCAAAAUAUCUGAGGGUUGUUUUGGGUGACUGCCUGACCGAAGGGUUGGCAGAGGUGGCAGAGCAUCGACCGAUCGACCCUAUUGACUACCUGGCACACUGGCUGUAUAAAUACAGAGAAAACCUCGACUUAGCAUUACAGAGUGAAGUGGAGCUUGAAAAGCUGGACAAAGAGAGGGAAGAAGCAAUAAAGGAGACAGCUCUACAGGAACAGCUACGGGCUGAACUGUUUGAGAUUCAGCAGGCGCACGAACAAAAGUUGAAGCUCAAGGCAGCGAAUGCUGAGCUUCAGCAACGACAACUUCAGAUUAUGGCUGCACUUGAAGCAGCGAAGGAGAGGCAAGAAAAGGAAUUGCUGGAAUUAGAAAAGAAGUCGUCUGAACACUCGAUUAUGGGGAGUGCAUCUUCAUUAGUACCACCUGAAUGGCUUGGGGAACCUGAACUUGAAACUGUGCAAGAGAGAGAUGAAAUUGAUCAGGGACCAUUGUUGCAAUUGUCCUAACUCCUCAAAUAUGCUGUCAUCAGCCUUCUUGUCACGAAACCCUCCCUUGACCCCUCUGGCCUUGCAACCUCCCUUUCCUCUCCAAAGGUCUUGAACGUGUUGUCACCACCCAUGUCCGUGUCCAUCUUUCCCAGAUCUCCAUGUUUAAAUCAUUCCAAUCAGGUUUUUGUGCCUGCCACAGUGCUGGCACUUAUCAGUGUCACAAAUGACAUCCUGCAUGACUAUGACAAAGGGAAACUUUCCCUCCUCGUUCUUCUUGACCUGUCUGCAAGCCUUUAUGCAAUUGACCACACAAUUAUCGUCCUACGCCUCCGCGCUGUCAUCCAGCUGGGUGGGACUGUUUUUCUAUCUAAUUCUAGCUAGUGAAUCACUUGCAAUUGGUUCUCUUCCUGCUCCCGCAUGAUGAUGACUGGUAUCCCCCAAGGAUCUAUCCUUGACCUCCCCCUCCUAUUUCAUAUCUACAUGCUGCCCUCGGUGACAUCUUCUGAAAGUAGAGUGUUAGUUUUCACAUGUACGCUCACGACACCCACUCUACCUCACCAGACCUCAGCAGUGUCUCUAAUUUAUGAUGGUCCAACAAUCAGUACUGGAUGAGCAAAGUUUUCUUUUCCCCAAAUAAAUAUUGGGAAGACCAAAGACAUCAUCUUCAGUCCCCACUGCAAACUCCUUUCCCUAUUCACUGAUCCCAUCCCUCUUCCUGUGAACUGUUUGAGACUGAACCGGCUCAUUCACAGCCUUGGCAUUCUAUCAACCUCCUGACCACAUAUUGCUCUGUUUCCACAUCUGUAAUAUCAGCCAGACUACCACUUUGCCCAACCAUUUGGACAUCUAUGCUAAUAUCACCUUAUAUGGCUCGGGAUCAAAUUUUGUUCUUUAGUAUUGCUGUGAUGCCCUUUGGGUAGU